CUCGGGCUGUCUAUUAGUGGAAAGGCUCCGCCCCUCGGGCUGCCCGUCAGCGGGGAGUUCCCGCCCCUCCUCUGAGAUUUGGCGCGAGCGGCAACGGGCUGGGUUGAAGUUGGAGGAGUUUGUGAUGUCGGAGUCGGAACCUGGGCCCGGAUUCGGGCCCGUUACGGGAUUGACGCCGGCGUGGGCUCGGACUGGCGAGGCUCUGGCCGCGCUGCAGCGGAUGUUGCAGUGCUCCGGCUGUUGCAAACUGCUUCAGGAGCCUGUCUGUCUUGGAAGCUGUGAUCAUGUGUUUUGCCGUGUUUGCGUUGCUGAUUCUCUUGGGAAUGGCUGUCCAGUAUGUCAUGCUCCAGCCUGGGUGAAAGAUCUGCAGCCAAAUCGACAGCUGCACAAUAUUGUCCACCUGUGCAGCCAACUUCAAGCUCUCCUGAAUAACAAAGGCUCUCCAGCUGAUAAAAGUAACCCAGUUACACCGGAAAUGAGAGCUGAAAGACAAACUGGUAAAAAGUGGCAAAUAAGAACUUGGUUUAGUCCACGCAGUAGAAAAUUGAAGUGUGUUCUGGAUAUGAAUGCUUUAAAGAAGGAUCAGAAAAUAAAUCCAAGCUCUGAUUUGAAUGGAACUUCAUCUUCUAUGUUUGAAUUCUUGUCAUCACCAUCUCCUCCACAUGGUUCUCCGAAGAAGAAAACUUCAGACAAGUCAAAACAGGGAGUUAGGAAAAGAUUGACUGAUGCCAAUAAGGAUUGGGGUUUUGGAAAAAGAACAAGCAAGGAAAUAAAAAGUGAUAGCCCUGGAAAAAAGGAUCAUGACAGAGUUGUCUCAUUUUCCAGUCAACCAAUGGUUUUUAGCAGUCAGAAACAAGCAAUUGCAGGUGAGCCUGCUGAAGAAUUGGUUCAUUCAGAUGCAGUUUCACAGACUGACAAUGUAAUUAACUCCAAUGUAGAGUCUGUGUCCAAAAAUCUGGGAGGCAAUCUUUCUGAUGGAUGCCCCAAAGCAGCAGCUUCCAGUUGCAAAGAUAUUUCUCUGGGACAGUUGGCCCAAAUCUUUGAGAAGGAGGAACAUCUUGUUCCUCUACCCACAGCACAUGCCAGUGCUAAAAGAUCAAGAAAAUCAUCGGGUUCCAGCUCUAAAACUCCCUCAAAAAAGGUCAGGAAAGGUCAGAGUUCUUGCAUUAAAAUAUUGACAAUGAGAAGCAGUAAAAAUGUAUGUGAACCAACUGGAUCAGACACUCAUCAGGAAUCUGCAGCUCCACUACUACUUAAAUCUGAGUUGAAUGAGUCUGUUAAUGAGACACGAGCUACUUCUUCAACAGAGAAUAGCUGUAACACACCAUCUAACAGAGGCAAUAGUGAGAGAAAACAACAUGCAACACAGAAACAACCUCGCACACCACAAUCUACACCUAAAAGCCACCUGGCUGGAAGUUGUGCGACAAUUCCAAUCUCUCCUUUUACUCCCUCAAUGAAGAGAAAUCACAAGGGUGAGACACCGCUGCAUAUCGCUUCCAUAAAGGGUGACAUUGCAGCAGUGGAGCAGCUCUUGGAGAAUGGAGCUAAUCCAAAUAUCAAAGAUAAUGCAGGAUGGACACCAUUGCAUGAAGCCUGUAACCAUGGGCAUGUGAAAGUUGUACAGAAAUUACUGCAGUUUGGUGUACUUGUGAACACACCAGGAUAUGAAAAUGAUUCUCCCUUGCAUGAUGCAGUAAAGAAUAGACACGUGGAUGUUGUUAAGUUGCUCGUCUUACAUGGAGCUUCUCAAGAUGUGAUCAAUAUCUUUGGUUUGCGGCCGAUUGAUUACGCAAAUAGUGAAGAACUGAUUGCCGCUCUGAAGCAUUCCACGAAAGAUGAAAAUCCAGUUGUUGAGCAAUGCUUUGUGGCAUCUGCGAGCCAGAGAAGAGAUGAACCUAUCAUGUUGCUGGGAAGCGGACUCCUUCCAGCUGACAAGAAAAAACUCGACAAAUUAAUAAAGCUAUUAAAGGUUGGACAUUGCACUGAAUUUAGUAGCUCAGUGACGCACAUUAUUGUUCCCAGUGAUCAUGCUCCCUGUACCAUGAAGUGUUUGAUGGGGAUAAUCUCUGGCUGCUGGUUUGUGGAUCUGCAGUGGGUGACAGCUUGUCUGGAGUGCAAGGACAGAGUUUCUGAAGAAGACUACGAGAUAAAUAGCAUGACUGGUCCCAAACGUGGGCGUCUCAACCGGGUGCAGCAGCUGCCAAAGCUGUUUGAUGGCUGCCACUUCUAUUUCAUGGGCUCUUUCAAAAGCUGCAAGAAAGAGGAUCUGGUUCAUUUGGCCAAGCUUGGUGGGGGCCAAGUCCUUGCCCGGCAGCCCAAGCCUGAUAGUGACGUGACUCAGAGCAUCAAUACUGUGGCCUACCAUGCAUCCCCAGGUUCAGAUCAGUCAUUCUGUACACAGUAUAUCAUUUAUGACAAAGACAGUAACUACAAACCCGAGAAGAUAAGGCUGGGUAAAGUGUGGACUACCCAUUCUGCAUGGCUGAUUAACUGUGUGAAAUCUUUUGAAUUGCUUCCAGUUACUGAGAACUAGUGGAAUUGUAUCUAAAUAUGUAGUUGAUUUAUUUUAUAAAAUGAUGUGCCUCUAUGUGCUAUUGAUUAAAAAUUAUGGAAAAAAAUGUAUUAAAAUGUAACACCAGCUCAAAAAUUUGAAUAACAUUAGAAUUGUGGGUCAAAGUUUGCUUAAAUAAAUCACUGUAAAAAUUGCUUUAUAAUGACCUUCCUCUGCUAACUUCUCUUAUAUGGUGUUAUAUUAAGUGUUCAUUCUGCUAAAUUAAGCUCAUUCAAUAAAAAGAUUUAUUUUAUAUCUUGCUAUAGACAUUUUUCACACUCUAUUUGUUUUAACAUGAAAAGAAUAAUGAAAUACAUAUGCUUGCUUGGAAUCUAGUCAUGCUGUGUGCCACUAUUGUAGAGUUGCUUUAAUUCUUUCUUUGUUAAUAUAAUGGUUAUCAAAUCAUGUACUUGUAUUUGUUUCAUAGUCAAGACUGUUCACUGCUCAGGUUCUUGACAAAUCACUAAAAUGAAAGGUACCGUUGAAGAAAACCAAUAAAAUGUAGUUUUAUCCGUG